GUAAGGUACUACCAUUUGGAAAAGCUUUAUUAACCCUGAAUAUUUGAAGGUGACUAAUUUGCACGAACCGAGAUCUGAAUGCCCGAGAGUCUAGUCACAUUCAAACUAGUAUUUGCAACCAUAGAUAAAAGAAUUGCAACUUGCAUCUCUUUAACCAGUCUGUAGCAAGCUCUGCCUUGUUUCAGUUGUGGAUAUAUUCGCUUAAGUUUCUUCUUCAGUGAUUGAUUCUUUAACUAUUCACUUCCAUAUUAUUUUUAAAGAACACCAGAAGUCAUGAAGAACGUCAACACAAAUGUUUCAUCUAUUAAAUUCGUCAAAAAUGUAAGAUAUCAUUGGUCUGUUCAAACCGUGGCCGACUUUCUUGAGAAUAAGUUGCCUCAUUUGGAUUAUCAUGUUGAUACAUGGUAUUACCAAAGAAAAACUGCUCUCGAAUUGUUGGUAGGCGAAAAGACAAGUCACAAGUCCAGGGAUAAAUCAGUGAUGUGCCUUCUUUUGAAACAUGGUGCUAAUCCUUUGAAGAGGCGUAGAUGCGGUGGAACCAUUAUUCAGAGGAUUUUACGGAACAAGGAUUCUGCCUUGAUCAUCGAGUUCCUGAAAUAUGUGGAGGACAUCAACAUGAUUCAUGGCACUUGUACUGCGUUGUAUAUAGCCGUUAAAAGAAAAUUGAAAGACGUGGUGGAGUACAUUGUUGGGAGAAAUGCAGAUAUGAAUAAAAAGUCUUAUAACGGGUGUACACCUUUGCAUGAAUCAGUAAGAAAUAAAAGUGUUGACAUAACCAAAAUCCUUCUAGAAAAUGGAGCAGACAUGGAGAUAAAAUGUGAAGAAAUACAAACACCUCUGCAUUUGGCUGUGAGAUACAAUAAUCUCGAUCAAGUCAAGACGUUGAUAAUGAACGGUGCAGAUGUGAAUUCUAGGGAAUAUUAUGGAGGAACUCCUCUACAUACUCUCUGCUCUAGCGGCUCAUUUAAUUUCGAAUUAUAUGAGCUUCUGCUACAGACGUGUGACGUAAAUGCAGGAGACGGCGAUGGUGCUACACCGUUGUAUUAUUUGAUGAAGUUCUUACCUGUAGAUUCAUCAACAUCAAAGAAAAAAAAUUUGAUAAAUUUAUUCCUGAAAUACGGCGGGAACUUAAACAAACCAUACUACUUCUUAGGUACCGUACUACAUGCUGCAGCCUUUUUCGAUCAUUCUGUUUCUUUUUUGACCUUCCUAAUAGAAAAAUGGGAAGGUAGAACCAUUUUGGAUGCAGCAAGCUUAACAUUCCUGCAUUGUAUAGAACAUAGGAGCGGCCGACUCAAAGUUGAAAAAGUACUGAAGUUUCUGUUUGUUCGGGAAUGUGAAAAAAAAUUCGAAUUCAAUGAGUAUUUAUUAGAAUUCAUUAAUUUAGAUGAACAAAUCGUUGAAUUUCAGAAGUCAUGUAAAAAUGAGUUAAGCAAUCUUCAAAAUCAGAAAUUGAAAAAUAAUGAUCCUUUAUCCUUGUUCACGGUGAUGACAGCAAAUGAGAGGGAUUUAACUGAGUUUUACCGUAUUGAUCCUUCAAGAACUACUGAAAUUACCGAUUUGGUAAUAGAAAAAUUUCCAAUUUACGGGAAUGAUUUGGUGAAAAAUCAUAAAAAAGCUAUAGCGAUACUCGAAGCAGAAAUUACAAUAUGUGAUUUCCUGACAAAAAUUAGUGAAAAUGUUUUGGAUCCAUAUUCAAUUCAUGAGACCGUGAAGCUCUUAUCCACUCAGGACAUAGCCAAAGUAGCACAAAAAUUAAUUUGGCUGUAGGUUCU